AUGCCAAGGACUGAAGCCCCUCCUGAAUGGCAAGCGAAGGUCGAACAGCUGUCGAUGAGGGGGAUCACGGCCCAGGCUCUGCUCAAUUUCUACAAAAGCCUGGGAGGCCGGCUGAUGCCGCACUACCAGGCCGGGCAGCACACCACCUCCGACGUGGUCAGGCAGGCCAUCAUCCCACAUACCCGCGAGGGACGCUGUGCCUACGCGACCUUUAUAAACGGCCCACGUCAGCCUGACCGAAUGGUCACGCACUCCUGGCGGAAUCUGUUCCGUGAUCUGGUGGCGGCUGUCAUUGCCGAUGCUGCGGGCGAAAGUAGCUUCGGGCUCGUGGCUGCCCUGCUGGAAGAGGAUGUGUCCGUGCUCGAGGCACUGAUGCGAGAGCGGGGCACCUCCGAUCGGGUGUAUUGGAUCUGUGCUUUCGCCGUGAACCAACAUGCUGGCAUUUGUGAGAAUCGCGAUGGGGACCGGGACUCUGUGACGGGGCAGGUGCAUCCUGGUUGCACGUGCGGUCUGCCGAAGAUGCUGAAUACCACAGCGCCGCUGUCUACAGAAGGCCCAUCAAAAGGCCAGAGCAUUGGAUGCGAGAUGAACAAGUUUGACGACAUGAUGGCUCUGCUUUCCAGGAAGAAUCCACACUUUUCGCAAGUCGUCGCCGUGGAUGCUGGCUUCGUACUCUUUCGCAGGGCCUGGUGUGUGGCCGAGCUUGUAAAGGCGGAUGAGGCGAGGCUCAGGCAGCACGUCAAAAUGCACUCGCGGAAGGCGGUAGAGGACAUGGCCAGCAGCCUGCGAAACCUACGGGUAGAAAGCAUGGAAGCCUCGAGGGCAGAGGAGAGGAUCGAAGACACUUGCCUGUUCAACCAGAAGCUGCAGAGUCUCAUCUUCGACAAAGCAGGGCUCUUAUCCUGUUGGCGUCAGCUCGAUGCAGCUCAUCGAAUGGAAGAGGUGGGUAGCCUCCUAAAGUGGAGUUUUGCAGACAAUGGAAGAGGCAUCGUUUGGCAGUUUUGGCACUUGAGGGACUAA